UAUCUAUGGAAAUACGCUGCUAGGAUCCGAUGUGCGCAUGCGCAGUGGCGCACAACGCUGGGCAAGGGCAUUAGGAGAGAAGUGACAUUUGCUUAACGUUGACAACUGUUUCGUAUUCUUUAUAAAUCAUACAGACGUUUACGUUAAUUGGAUUCAUAUACUUAUAUCUCUGCGUGUAGAUCAGACGCAUCGCUGCUUUAGAUCUGAUUGACUGUGAGCAGAAGUGAAGGAGGGAGCUGCACCUGUGAAGGAGAGGUGUCUUAUAAUGCCAUCACACUGACACAGACGCAGUCUGCAGACGGGGCGCUACAGCAUCCUAACUUGAAUGGCGGUGUGCAGAGGGGGGGUCUCUCUUUGGGUGGGGUGUGUCAGGAACCAAGGCGGCUGGCAACCGGUGACCAAACAGUGCUGGAAUUUAUGUCAGACCACCGAGUUUCACCUGCACGACAACGGUAGGAACCUGAGCAGUGCAUCGUGGGCUUUGGCUCCCCCAAACGGUCUCCGCUACCGGUCUGUUAAUCGUCCAUCGCUUUCCCAUCCCUUCCACCAUGCCUGUCAGCCAAACCCAGCUCACGGCCUUGAGGAGGAGGAGUGGGAGGAAUCCAUCAGCCUGUGUGUCCUCCUCAAACCCGCGGAUACAGACGAGCAGCACGCCGAGGUGGAGGUGCCCCUCCUCGGGCAGGCCAAACUGAGUGAGCUGCUGGCUUUAGGACCCAGCCGAACCUUUGACUUGCUUUUUCCUUUAACCACUGUCGAUGGUAGCAGAGAGGAUGAUAUUAGCAUUACCUGGAAGGCAGGGACUGGGGAGGAUCUGAGGGAGAGAGGCUCCUUCAGGAGUCUGUUUGAAACGGAGGGCUGUCCCGCACCGUUUAUGUUGGGAUCCCGUUUCUAUUGCUUCCACUGUCCUGGGAUGGAGUCUCACUUUAUGAAGGUAAAGAAACCGGAAACGCAGGACUAUUCAGGCCUCCAGUGUAGCCCUGCUGAAAUGAAGAGUGCGGACUGGAGCACCAGUCAGGAAGAUAUGGAGAAGGAGGAAAAACUGGCCCAGAUGUUUGAGAAGCUGAGGGUGGAGCUGCCAAGUUUCUUUGUGAAGAAUCACGACUACAGCAUAUACUCUGAAGAUGUGGAGUUCAUCAACGGUCUUCUGAACACCAAGACAAGGGGUCGUGUGGUGUACCAGCUGACAGUGACGCUUUGGCGACUGAUGUGUCUUUGUUACUAUGCGGAGGCUCAGCUGGAGGUGCUGAAGCUCACCAAGCAUCCAGAAGACGGGUCCAUCCAGGCUCGCUGGAGAGUAAAAGGCCUGCCCUUCCACUCCCUUCUAUUGUUCUUCUACAAAAAAAACAAGAGCCAACUGUACAAAACAUAUGAUGCAUUCUCCACCUUCUAUCUCGGACCUGAUGGACGGAUUCACUGUCAUAAAGUUGAAAAGGUUAUGCAGGCUCGGCCUCCCUUGCUGCCCAAAGUGACCUCACUGCUUGCGGGGGCUUUGGUGGCUCUAGGCAUUCAAGAACACAGACCCGCCCUCAACCUGCUCCCACUCCUCCUGUCCUCUCUCCGACGAGACUGAGCUGCAAACGUGUAGACGCUCAGGAGAAUGUGUGUGUGGUCAGACCAUUAAAAAGACUGAGAAAGAGAAAGAUGUGAAAAUAAUGUUAUUAUGUGUGUCGAGUGAAUGUGAUGAUGGCAGCAUUCUUUGGAAAAAUUGAAGUUAAAAUGGGUUAUUCGUUUGAUUUUCAACACAUUGAUCAGAUCAACUCACAAAAACAAGUUCCUCCUGUAAACACAGCUGGUUUAGUUACAAAGCAUAGUUAAAAGGAAAGUUUACACAAAGAUCAAAAUUAUUUCAUCAGUUAUUCACCCUCAUAUCGUUUAAAACAUGUAUGUUACUCUUUCUUCUGUGUAAAACAAGAGAAGAUAUUUGGAGAAAUGUCUCGGUGGUUUACUGUCCAUACAGUGGAAGUCAAUGAGGGCCAAUGAUGUUUGUUUACCGACCUUCUUCAAAAUGAUUUCUUGUUCUGCCCAAAAGUCAUAAAGGUUUGGAAUGACAUGAGGGUGAGUAAAUGAUGAAAUAAUUCAGUUUUGGGUGAACUGUCACUUUAAUAUACAUCACGACUACACAGAAAAUCCAUUAGCCCCAUCAUUUGAGCAUCACCUCCUUCACUUAACAGGUGAUUCUUUCUUGCCUAAUGGACAAAUCUUCACAUAAUAUGGUUGUUUUGCGCACACAUAAAUCUUUACAGGUACAAUAAAUGGGCUCUGGACUUAUGGCUGAGUUUGACUGAUAGUUUCUUUUUUUCAUCACAGCUGUUAAAUCAGUCAAUACAGCUUUAAUACACAAUGAAAGGUCCAGCUCUCAGAUACAAUUACAAUAGGAAUUGACCAUAGCAUGCUAUACAUCAUGUUGGUAUAUAUAAAUGCAUUUACUGAAUGUUCCAGUACCUGAUAUCACAAGCAAUUUCAUAAUGUUUAGGGCUGCCAGGGUUUUUAUUAAUUUAAUGGGACAGUUCACCCAAAAAAAAAAAUUCUGUCUCACCCUCGAGUUUCAAAUCUUUAUAAAUUACAUCUGUGUUUCUGAUGAACAAAGGAAAAUAUAUUUGGCCGAAUGCUUGUAGCCAAACAGUUCUCUGCCACCAUUGACUACUACAGUAGGAAAAAUGAUUGUAUAUAUUUUAUUUUGUGCUGUUUGACACAAAACACGAUAUUUUGAAGAAUGUAUGAAGGCAAAUGUUUCUGGGGUACUUUUGACUACCAUAGUCAUCUUUCCUAUGGUGGUGAAAGGUGGCCAAGAACUGUAUGUUGAGUCACUGACAUUCCUCCAAAUAUCUUUGUUUAUCAGAACAAAGAAAUUUCUUUUUUGGGUGAACUGUUCGUUUAAAUGACGGUGAUGUCAGAGACUGCUUAUGCAAGUACUAUUUUUAGGCAUAGUUACCAGGACUUGUUUGCUCUUACUUUCCUUAUUUGCUGGUUUGACUCAGUCAAUAUAGUGGCUUGGAUUAUCAAAUUGCCAGAUCUAAUAAUGCACUAGUCUUAAAAAUCCCAUGCUGUCCAAGUAACUUAAAACACUGUUGUACAAACCACAAAUGAAAUCUUCAAAUGAAAUGUCAGUGCUUUGGGUAAAAGAGCAUAUGUUUUUCUCAUACGCAGGUACGAUUUGUUUUAUCACAAACAUCCAAUUGCUUUCCUUUAGGACAGACAAAGCAUUUUAGUGCACGACUGAAAUAUUUCCAAAGGGCAUAAAAUAAACAUGUAAAAAGAUAACAGACAUUGUACCUGGUGUUCAUUUCUGUGCUAAUGACCCAAAAACCCGGUGUGAAUAUGUUGUGUGAAAAAUAAAAUGCACACUGACA